UCACUACAUUGAAUCUGCUCAUCUCUGGGUCAAAGCCGCCACUUUCCACUCCCAUUGAAUCUGAUAAUUCUCUCGUCGUCAAGCUUAGGUGUACGACCGAAGCUUCAAUGGAAGCUAUUUCACAGUAUAUUUCAAAGUUAUUCAGGACUUCCGGGAAGAGAGCAAAACAAUCUUUACUUCUUCCAGAGGGAUUAUGCCGAAGAUUUUCACUCGCUGAGAUCAAGAUAGCUACCAAUAACUUCGAUGAAGAUUCAGUAAUUGGUGAGGGAGCUUUUGGCAAAAUAUAUAAGGGAUUUAUUGGUGACUGUACCGUAAGUGUUGCAGUAAAGCGUAAGAGUUCGACGUCACGACAGGGUUUCGAAGAGUUUGGCACCGAGAUACUUCUACUCUGCCAGCUACGCCACCCAAAUCUCGUCAAUAUCAUCGGAUAUUGUAUUGACGAACAGGAGAUGAUCCUAAUCUUCGAGUUAAUAGCAAAUGGAUCCCUCAUGGAACACUUCCUCUACCGGGACCAAGAUGAUCCCCUCACGUGGAAACGAAGGCUACAGAUUUGCAUUGGAGUGGCGCGUGGACUGCACUACCUUCACACUGGGGUGAAUCAUACUAUCAUCCACCGUGACGUGAAGUUGAGCAACAUUGUGUUGGACGCGAAAUUGGAGGCCAAGCUGACGGAUUUCGGCUUGUCCAAGAUGGGUCCCCCGAGUUUGUCAAGGGCCUUAAUAAGGGUUGAUUCUUCAGUGAAGGGUACUGUUGGAUACCUGGAUCCUGCUUAUAUUCGAACGAGGCAGCUGACUGAUAAAACUGACGUUUACGGUUUGGGUGUGGUACUGUUUGAAGUACUCUGUACGAAAAUAACAGUGGACAUGAAAUUAGAGAGCGAACAGCAGAGUCUGGCCAUCUGGGCUCCAAAAUGUGUAGAAGAUGGAACCAUUAAUCAGAUGAUUGAUCCGUGUCUGAUAGGGAAGAUAGCUCCAGAGUGUUUCAAGAUAUACGUGAACAUUGCAACAUCUUGCGUCCGAGAAGACCAUAUGGAACGUCCCACAAUUGGAGAAGUGGAGGCAGGCCUCGAACACGCACUGGAGCAGCAAAAGCGUGCGGAUGCUGCUACGAGGAAGGAUGAUUCAAUAUAAUUUACCUAUCCCAUUGUUAAAUAUACUUGUAGGGCUUCUAUUUAGGGUUGAUUCAAAGUCCAUUUCAAGUUUAGGAGCAACCAAAAGAAGUGCAGAUUGACUGAGAAUGGGAUGUUUGUCAGUGAUAUCAUUGCCACGGUAUGGAGGUCUUCAUUUGUAGUGAUUUUUUCUUUGAGUUUGGAAAUGGGUCUGAAUUUAGUUUUGUUAGAUAUGUUCAAUUGUAUUUAGAUGCUUAGAUCAAGUUUUCACGGUGAAGGAUGCUACACAGUAUAUUCAUAGAUUGAAAUUGUAGUUGACUUUGUUUGUAUUUUGUAAGCUUGAAUUAACUACCACAAUAAUAAUCACGUUGUUGA